AUGUCGGACGUUCAGGAGCGCCUCAAGAAGCUCGGCCUCUCCCAAUACAGUGGAAAGGGUACCCCCCGCCGCAAGGUCAAGCGUGCUCCUGCCCGCUCCGGCGCCGACGACAAGAAGCUCCAGCAGACCCUGAAGAAGCUGAACACCCAGCCCAUCCAGGCCAUUGAGGAGGUCAACAUGUUCAAGUCGGACGGCAACGUUAUCCACUUCGCUGCCCCCAAGGUUCACGCUGCUGUCCCCUCCAACACCUUCGCCAUCUACGGGAACGGCGAGGACAAGGAGCUCACCGAGCUCGUCCCCGGUAUCCUUAACCAGCUUGGUCCCGACUCCCUGGCCUCGCUCCGCAAGCUCGCCGAGAGCUACCAGAACAUGCAGAAGGAGAAGGGCGAGGAUGAGGAUGACAUCCCCGAUCUUGUUGAGGGCGAGAACUUCGAGAGCAAGGUCGAGUAA